AUGUUCUCCGCUAAAAAAAAAGUAGUAAUUGGAUUAAGUGGUGGAGUAGACUCGGCUGUGGCGGCUUAUCUUUUGAAAAAAGGAAAUUAUGAAGUAACAGCAAUUUUUAUGCAAAAUUGGGAUGAUUAUCUGGGAGGGCAAACCACCUCUAUUUACAGAGUGUUUGCUAAUUUCCUCAACGAUUUAGAAAAAGGUUUGACUCCUAAUCCCGAUAUUUUAUGUAACAGCACAAUUAAAUUUCAUUGUUUUGUGGAAUAUGUGAAAAAAAUUUUUGCGGCCGAUUUCAUUGCCACCGGUCAUUAUGCAAAAAUAGUUCAGGAAAACGGAGAACAUUACUUAAGUAAGCCACAAGACGAAAAUAAAGACCAAACCUAUUUUCUAUGUCAAAUUGAUCGUAAUUUGUUAAGCAAAAUAAUUUUCCCUCUGUCCGACUUAACCAAAAAAGAAGUGCGGCAAACGGCCGAAAAAUUGGGGUUAAUUAACGCUCAAAAAAAGGAUUCUACUGGUAUUUGUUUUAUUGGAGAGCGAAAAUUUGCCAGUUUUUUGGCUAAUUAUUUUCCCAAAAAAGAGGGUAGAAUAAUCAAUGUUGACAGCCAAGAGGUCAUGGGCCAACAUUAUGGCGCUUCUUAUUUUACUAUCGGACAGCGGCGUAAUUUGAGACUACCGGGACAAAAAAAACCUCAUUAUGUAGUAGGAAAAAGCAGUGAAAAAAAUAUAAUUUAUGUGGCAGAUGGCUGA